UCCAGAAAUUUCCCUGCAAAAAAAUUUUCCCGCUAAUUGGGGUCGGGCCGCUCUCGCAUCCCAGUCUCCGCUCAUGGACUUGGCGACCCCAUCGCCAGCUGAAGCCGACGACGAGUGGGAGCUCUGCAACGACGACGGCUUCAUCUACAAGCGCAAGAAGCGGCGCCUCGACCCCUCUGCGGCGGCGCCGCCUCCGCCGCCGCCAGACCCACUUGCGGAGGAGCGCCACCGGAGGGAACGCAAGAGAAGGGCGCUUUUGAAGAUAAAGGGUCGGUACCAGGAGGAGCUCGCGCUCUGGGAACACCUGUCGAACACCUGUCGGGCGAUGCAAGAGAAGGCGCGGGAGCUUCAGUUGGAGCGCGAGAAAGAGAAAGAGAAAGAGCGGGCGUCGUCGUCGUCGUCGUCGAGUGGGUCGGCCGACGAGGAGCUUGACAGCCAGAGGCGCGAUUUUGGGUCGGCCAUUGACAAGCUGCUCUUACAGGCGGAAGCACAAGAAGCGUUAAUUAAUGACGUCUCAAAUCUGUGUGAUGUAGCUGAAGCACUUUCUAGUGUACAAGAGGAACAAUUAAAACAGUCUUUGUUUGAUCUUCCAGUUUGGGCUUCCCCACAAGAGCUCAUGGCGGCGCUUUGUGAUGAGCUGAAUUGCAAGAAGCAAUUAUGUGCAACAUCUCAAAUCUUUGUGAUGUAGCUGAAGCACUGUAUGAUGUACAAGUGGAAAGGUUAGAACAGUCGGUUGUUUAAUCUUCCUGUAUGGGUUUCCCCAAGUGAGCUCAUGGCAGCACCAUGUGACGAGUAAGCUUCAUAGGUGGGUGAUUAGUUAGCUUCUGUAGCACAUGUUUUACAAAUGGGUGUUCCAAUGGUAAAGGUGUUUACCAGUUCUUUGUCAAUUUUAAAGGACCCUAAUCUAACCCAAUCACGUGUAAGAGUGUAAUAUUCUUCUUGUCAAAGAGUGAAUGCAUUCUUGGUUA